UGGUCAAAGCUUUUUGCCACACUGAAUAUUGUAAGAGCCCACUGAGUUUGUCGUAUUACCAUGCGAGAUGUUGGAAGACCUUUAUUACAAGAUUUGUGCAGAGGUGCAAGUGCCCAUCAAUGUAUAUGUCAUGCAAGUACUUGAAGACGCAGGCAAAAACACAGGUGACGCCGUGAUCAAAUUAACCGGAAACGAUCGGCUGAAAGAGGUGAAGAGACUAAAUGACAACGACUUGCUUGCAGUUUCAAAAAUUCUGAAUGAUAAUGAAUCAGUAAAAGGGUUAGAUUUAAGAUACAAUGACAUCACAGACCAAGGAGCAAGACACUUAGCAGGACUUCUUCAGGACAAUGUGGCCAUUCAGUCCUUGAAUCUCAUGUGUAACAAUAUUGAGGCUGAGGGUGCAGAACACAUUGCAAAAAGUCUUCAUUUAAACAAAACAUUGAAGUCCCUAAGAUUGACGGGUAAUAAAAUUGGAAACAAAGGAGCCAUGCACUUCGCCAGCAUGCUGCAAAUAAAUAACAACCUGGAAGAGCUGGACUGCUCUGACUGUGAUUUGGAUACUCAAAGCCUGAUAGCUUUUUCCAUCGUCCUGAACAGUAAUAAACACAUUCGUGUCAUCAACUUGAGUCGGCCAUUGCUCUAUAGCCAUCAGGAGGAGACUACUAUUCACAUGGCUCGUAUGCUAGUAGUGAAUCAGACUUUGCGUGAGCUGCACCUUGGGAAGCAUGAAAUGACAGACACUGGUGUAGAGAGGCUGUGUGAGGCCCUGCACAGCAACAAGAGCCUUCGCUACCUGGACCUCCGCUGCAACAAGAUCACAAGGGAUGGUGCCAAGUUCCUUGCUGAGGUCUUAAAACAGGGCUCUCCCCUGGAGAUACUCGACCUGUCUGCCAAUCGCAUUGAGGAUGAUGGAGCCAUCCACCUGAGUGAGGCCAUUGUGCUGCCCCGGUGCAAACUCAAAGCAUUGUCCAUCCCUUACAACAACAUUGGUACUCUGGGUUUAGUUACUAUUACAGAGGUCAUGAAGAUCAGCAGCUCUCUAUCUCAUAUUUACAUCUGGGGCAACAAGCUGGAGGAGUCUGUGUGUGUGGCAUUCACCAAACUCAUGAGGAGUGGCAGGUUGCUGGAGAUGCACACUGACGUCUCGCCCUAUAUGGUGGAUGGCCACGUGUGUUUAGCAGAGUUAUUUCAUGGUCUGCACAGGCAUUUCUACUGGACUCCCAGCUACGGUGAGGAUGAAGACAUUGCCAGCAAUUCAGCACUGGCCCUGUCUGCUAAUUCAGAUGAUUUGCUAAUUCUUCCGGCCCCACUGGACUGACACUUUUGGCCACUCUUGCUUACUCUGGCCCCUCUUCUGCUUAUGAUCACUGAUAGUAACUGGACAAAAUGAGAUCAGCAAUAGGCUAAU